AUGGGCAACAACAACACCCCCACGCGCCCGCUGCUGCAUGCCCUAAUCAACACGCACGACUUCGCCGCCGCGGCCGAGGCCACGUACAGCCCCAAGGCCUGGGCCUUUUUGUCGUCGGCCGCCACGGACCUGCACAGCAAGCGGCGCAACGCCUCGGCCUACGCCGAUAUCUCGCUGCGGCCGCGCGUGCUGCGCGACGUCAGCGCCGUCGACACGUCGGCCCUCGUGCUCGGCCGCCGCGUGCGCGCCCCCGUCUUCUGCAGCCCCACCAGCCUCGGCCGCCUGUUCCACCGCGACGGCGAGCUGGCCCUGGGCCGCGCCUGCGCCCGCCUGGGGGUGCCCCAGUGCGUCUCCACCAGCGCCUCGUUCCCGCUGCCCGACAUUGUCGCCGCCGUGCGGGCGGCCGAGGCCCAGGCUCGGGCUGGAGGACGACGACAAGACGACGUCCCGGUCUUCUUCCAGCUGUACGUGGACAAGAACCGCGCCCGCUCCGCCGCCCUGCUGGCCGAGGCCGCCGCGCUCGGCGUCGCCGCCGUGUUCUUGACCGUCGACGCCCCCGUGGCCGGCAAGCGCGAGGCCGACGAGCGCGCCGCGCCCUCGCCGCGCGACGCGCGGAGCCUGCGAACCCCCAUGGCGCCGGACGGCGGCAGCGGCAGCAGCAGCAGUAGCAGUAGCAGCAGCAACACGGGCGGCGGCGGCGGCGGCGGGGCCAUCGGGCGCGUCAUGGGCUCCUACGUCGACGCGUCCGUGUCGUGGGCCGACCUGGCGUGGGUGCGGGCCGCGUGCCCGGGGGUGCCGCUGGUGCUCAAGGGCGUGCAGACGGCGGCGGACGCCGUGGCCGCCGCCGACGCGGGCGUGGACGCGAUUCUGGUCUCCAACCACGGCGGCCGCAGCGUCGAUACGGCGCCCGCCCCCGUGUGCGUGCUGCUCGAGCUGCACCGCUGCUGCCCAGAGGUGUUUGGCAGGCUCGAGGUCUACGUCGACGGCGGCGUCUCGCGCGGCACCGACGUCUUCAAGGCGCUGUGCCUCGGCGCCCGCGCCGUCGGGCUCGGGAGGGGGGUGCUCUACGGGCUUGCCUAUGGGGAGGAGGGGGUGCAGCGAUACGUUGAGAUCUUGAUCGACGAGCUUGAAACCACCAUGAAGUUGUGCGGCGUCACCAGCAUCGACCAGCUUCAUCCGGGCCUUGUCAACACCCUAGCCCUCGAUCCAUUCAUCCCAAGCUCCAUGGGCCACCCCUAUGCGAAAUGGCCACCAGAGCCGCGCAACACCAAGCUUUAGGAGAGCAACUUUCCAUUGUCUUUCAAAAUCAUUAAGCUCCCUGAUCCCUGACGCAUGGCUGCCAUCCCUAGGGAGUUCUCACACUUUGAUACACACGUCACGAGUGUGCCUUGACAUGGAUAACGCAAAGUUGGAUUAGCGGCUAGCUGUAUAACAGCAAGGUAAGAAUCUAUAUACAUGUCAUCUCAGAUAUGAGAUUAGGAAAGAGCUGUACCCCAGAAGAACAACCCACAUUGUUCAUGUAAUGCAUGACAUGAGCACAGAAGAGGAGAUGACAGAUGACACCAACCAGCAGACAAGACAGAGCCGAUGCAGCUGUGUAUACACUGUAUUUUCCCAGCAUAACAAAGCAUUCCAACAAGCAAUUCGCAAAGAAAAAAAACCCAAGCGCUCAGGCUAGGCCAACUCCCGAAGCUCACGAUCUCCCCUCCCCGUCGGCAGCUCCGCGUAGUCCUGAUGCGACUGCUGGAACUGCUGGGGGUGCUGCUGGUACGCGCCAGGCGGCGGCGGUGGCAUGGCGUUGUACUGCUGGGGCGGGGUUUGCUGCGGAUACUGCUGCUGCUGGUUCUGUUGGUAGCCAGGGGGACCCUG